GCUGCUCUCUCUCCCUCUCUGUGCCUCUCAGAUAUUCUUCCAGCGUCUCCUCUAUCCCCUCCUGUUCCCAUCCGAUCCGCUCUGUUAGCUCUCAAUGGGACACAAAGACCGAACAGUCCGGUCCAAAAAGACAGGAAGUCCCUCAGUGCAGCUCCCAGCUCCUUCAGCAGCAGCUACAACAGGAUUUAGGAGAAUGGCAGAGCAGAACAGAAGACUUCUAUCUCACUGAGAGAGGAGGAGGAGGAGGAGGGAGAGCUGGUGGAGUUUCAGGAUGGAGCGUGCUCAUAGCCUCCUGCUGGACGAGGAGGCCUGCAGUCAGCUUGGUGAACAUCAGAGGGCAGAGUUCAUCUUCGAAUGGCUGAACCACCUGAAGAAGCUCCUCCCAGCCACUGACAGGGUCGACAUCAGACAGAAUCAGCGGCGCCUGGUCGAACAGCUGUCGGGCGUUCUGAUUGGCUCCCCCGGCCCGCCGACCCGCUGGCUGCUGGCCCACUGUUUGGCCCUGCUCUACCGCCUCGGAGACCCCGUGCCUGCCAGCUUAUUGUUGGAGAGGUGCAAUGACAUCAUCCGCAGCAAAGACGACUCUCCGUCAGGCCUCCCGACACGGCUGGCAGCCGUGGCGUGUCUUGGCGCUCUGUAUGAGCAGCUCGGCCGGAUGCUCGCCGGCUCCUUCAAAGACACUCUGGCCAACCUGCUGAAGGCCAUGAAGAGCGCUGAGUCUCAGGGUCGGUAUGAGAUCAUGUUGAGCGUGGAGAGGAUCCUUCGAGGUUUAGGCGUCAGCGCCAUGCCAUGUCACCGUGACGUCUACAAGGCGACGAGGACCUGUCUGACGGACCGAUCCAUGGCCGUACGCUGCGCCGCCGCCAAGUGUUUGCUGGAGCUGCAGAGGGAGGCGGUGUUCCUGUGGACCAGCGAGCUGGAGAACGUGGCCACUCUGUGCUUCAGAGCCUUCGAAGGAUCCAACCACAACGUCCGAGUGUCUGUAGCCAAACUGCUGGGAACUCUGCUGGCUGCUGCUGUGGAGCCCAGACAGCCCACCGCAGCCCCCAGACAGGGUGGGCGGGGUCGAAGCUCUCUAGAAGAGGUGAUGGAUUUGUUGACGGCGGGGUUCCUGCGGGGCGGGGCGGGUUUCCUCCGAGCCAGCGGAGACAUGUUGAAGGGGACAAGCUCUGUCAGCAAAGACAUCCGCAUAGGAGUCACACAGGCCUGCGUGGUCUUCGUCUCCACCCUUGGAGGCUCCUGGCUGGAGGCGAACUUCCCGGCCUUCCUGUCCCUUCUGAUGGAGCUUGCUUCCCACGGCAGAGCCACGCAAACGCCAGGCGAGGCCGUAGUGACGCGCCGCUGCGUCUCCUUCAUCCUGAGGAGCACCCUGGGGUCUCUGCUGGGAGAGAAGGCCCAGACCAACGCUGCCAAACAGCUCUGCCUCGCCGUGGCCUCGCAGAAACGCGCCAUCGGAAUCUGUUCAUACAGGCCUUGCACAUUUCUCCAGUGUGGGAGAGAUGAGAUGGGUUUGCUAGUCCUACAGGGCUCCCAGAUGCUCCUGCUCCUCUACGCAGCUCUGACCGAUGGGAACGUGGAGACCAGGGUUUCGUCUGCAGACGUCUCGGCCAGUCAGCAUGUGUUGGUCUGCUGCCUGCUGGAGCUGGGAGGACUCAUUCAGGGACUGGGAUCCACUGCCGCCCCCCUCCUCGCUGAUAGCAGCACAGCCCUCCUGGACACGGUGAUCUCUGUCCUCCUCCAUCCCUCCUCCUCGGCCCGGCUGGCCGCCGCCUGGUGCCUCCGCUGCGUUGCCAUGGCGAUGCCGUCCCAGUGCUCCUCGCUGCUGGAUCGCUGUGCCGAGCGGCUGGUGGCGCUGAAGUCCUCGCCCGAAGCUGUGGCCGGAUACGGAGCCGCCGUCGCCACCCUGGUGGCCUCGGUGCAGCACUGCCCCCUGGGAAUACCGCACACAAAGGGCAAGGUGGUGCUGGGUCUGGCUGAAGACCUCCUCCGCUCAGCCUCUCAGAACAGUCGGAUCUCUCUGCAGAGGACUCAGGCGGGCUGGCUGCUCGUCUCCUCUCUCAUCACUCUGGGCCCUGCCGUAGUGGAGCACCACCUCUCCCGCCUCCUCCUCCUGUGGAGGUGUGUGUUUCCUGCCUCACUAAGGGAGCAGGAGAUGGAGCUGCGGCGAGGGGACUACUUCACGUGGCAGGUCACGCUGGAGGGACGCGCGGGGGCGCUCUGCGCGAUGAAGAACCUGCUGCUGCACUGCGGGCAGCUCGUCACCGACGACAACAUGGGCCGCCUGCUCACGCCAUUGGCCUGCGCCGUGGCCCUCCUCACCAAGCUGCCUGCUCUCCUCAGGUCUUACAGCAGCUCAGUUCGUAGCUGGUCGGUCGUCUACAGGCUGAGAGUCUACGAGCUGCUCGCUCUGCUGCCUCCGCACACCUACCAAGAGAGUUUUGGUUUGGUGAUGAACCAGCUGGUCUCCGAUCUGUCCGGCCAGGACAACCUGAACCAGCCGUGUUCAGACCUCACCCUGCUGCCCCCCCUCUGUCACCGUGACGACCUGCCGCUGGUCGGCCCCGCCCUCAGUGACACCGACCACAGAUACAUAGAGGAACAGCUCCACGGCAGCAGCGUGGGAGGAGGCUCCCUGGACAACGACCCCUUCAGCCUGUGUGAGAAGAGCGAUGAAGCUCCUGCUCCUCUUCCUCCUCCCGUCGCUCUGACCGCCGCCGCCGUCCGUCUCUUUGGAGCUCUCUUCCCCCACAUCAUCUCCGCUCAGAGAGUGAAGAUAUUGGAGCAGUUUGUAGAAACAGUGAACCAGCUCAAGGGUCAACGCCAGCAGACUGUCCAGACAUACGUCUGUGCUGCCCUCUGCAGUCUACUCAAGCACCAGGGCAGUAUCCGGGGCUUUCUGGGACCAGAGGAGAUCCGUUCCCCGGCAUUGACCCUCCUGUCGGGGGCGCUGGAGAGCGUCAGUCCUCUGCUGCGCUGUCUGGCCGCUGAAGGUCUGGCUCGGCUGGUUCAGGUGGUUGGAGACCCCGGCUUCACCGUGUCCGUCUCCUUGCUCUGCUUCGACAGGCUGAAGACGGCUCGGGACGCAGCGUCUCGCAGUGGCUACGCUCUGGCUCUGGGGGCGCUGUACCGCUACGCCGGGGGAAUCAGCUCACCUCAACACCUGUCCACCUGCUUGGGAGUCCUGUUCACCCUGUGCCAGGACAGCACCUCACCUGAGGUCCAGACCUGGUCUCUCCACAGUCUGUCCCUGGCGGUCGACCUGUCCGGUGGUCUGUAUCGGGCCCAUGCCGAGCCGUCCUUCACUCUGGUGCUCAGGCUGCUGCUGUCGGCUCCACCCACCCACCCCGAGGUUCACUACAGCCUGGGACGCUGCCUGCACGCCCUCAUCACCUGCCUGGGCCCCGACCUGCAGGGUGAAGGCGCAGCAGUGUCCGGUCUGCGCUCCAGCUGUCUGGUGGGGUGUGGAGUGAUGCAGGCCAGUCCUGACUGUCUGGUUCAGGCCAGAGCCAUUUCCUGUCUGCAGCAGCUGCACAUGUUCUCCCCUCCGCACGUCAACCUGGCCAACCUCGUACCUGCUCUCUGUGAGAUCUUGUUGGAUUAUUCCAUGUUGGCCAACCUGUGCAGCUCGUACUUGUGCCUACGUCGGGCAGUGGUGGCGUGUCUGCGGCAGCUUGUCCAGCGGGAGGCGCUGGAGGUCUCUGAACAUGCAGUGACUCUGGUCAAAGAGCUGCCGAGACGAGACAACACACAACUCGACGUUACUAUUAAGGAAGUGGGUCUGGAAGGAGCUCUUUUCACCCUGUUGGACCGGGAGUCAGAUCCAGGUCUGAGGAGGGACAUCCAGGAGACUCUGGUCCACAUGAUGACUUCCAGUGCCACCAGUGGGAAGCUGGGACACUGGCUCAAACUCUGCAAAGACGUCCUGUCUGCAACCACCGACUGUCGGGCUCCCGUGGAGGCCAGUCAAGAGGACGAGGAGGUGGACUCCGGCAGAGACGACGACUCCUCUGCUUUCAGAGCCCGCCCGGAGUCCGGUGGCCCGUUCACGGCCCUGCGCUGGGCCACGCGCCGCUUCGCCAUGGAGUGUGUGUGUCGCAUCGUAGCGCAGUGUGAAACCGCUGACCCGGCUCACUUCGAUAUGACUCUGGCUCAGGAGCGACGCCUGCACGAGUCCACCGACUUCCUCGUUCUUCAUCUUGGUGACCUGGUCCGCAUGGCAUUUAUGGCGGCUACAGAUCACAGCGACCAGCUCAGACUAGCGGGUCUUCAGACCCUGCUGGUGAUCAUCAGGCAGUUCUCAACCAUCCCUGAACCGGAGUUCCCCGGUCAUGUGAUCCUGGAGCAGUACCAGGCCAAUGUCGGCGCUGCUCUCAGACCAGCCUUCACUGCUGACGCUCCUCCCGAUGUCACCGCCAAGGCCUGCCAGGUCUGCAGCGCCUGGAUCGCCAGCGGCGUCGUCAGUGACCUCCGUGACCUCAGGCGCGUCCAUCAGCUCCUGGCCUCCUCGUUGGCCAAAGUCCAGGUUGGGAGGGACACAUCCAGCCAGCUGUACAACGAGGCUGCGGCUACCAUGGAAACACUGGCCGUCCUCAAGGCCUGGGCGGAGGUUUACAUCGUAGCCGUUCAGAGCAGCAGACAGAAGGAGAACCCCGGUAGGACGGCCGACCUGUCACUCUCCCCUCUGGCCGAUGACAGCGCGGGCCUCCUGAAGCUGGUCCAGUCAGAUUUGUCCACGCUGAGUCGUCUGUGGUUGGCGGCGCUGCAGGACUACGCCCUGCUGACCCUGCCACAGGAGUACGCAUCACAGCUACCUGCAACAGGAGGUUCCUUCUACACCGCGGAGACCGUGAACCAGGCCAGAGCUCAUUACUCCUCGUCCUGGGCUCCCAUCCUCCACGCCACCUCCCUCUGGCUGCACAGCACAGGUUUUGUGAUGUCAGACGACACCCCUGCCAACCUGUCCAGACCGGCCACGCCCACCUCCAUGGGACACACCGACUCUGUGGGUGGAGCUAAGAGUCCAGAGGACGUCAACACCGACAGACUGCACCUAAUACUGGGGAUCAGCGUGGAGUUCCUGUGUUCUCCGCACUCUGAGGACCAGAUGGCGAACAUCACCUCAUGUCUGCAAGCUCUGCAGGCGCUGCUGGACGUCUCCUGGCCCCGAGCUAAGAUCGGAAACGACCAGGCUCUGAGUGUGGAGCUGCUCAGCGUCCUCCACAGACUGAUGGUGACCCGAGAGUCGGCGUCCGUUCAGCUCGCCGUGUUGGAUUUACUGCGACAGAUUGUGACGGCCGCUCAGGAGCACGUCAGGGAGAAACGCCACAGCGCAGAGGUGGAUGACGGUGCGGCGGAAAAGGAGACGCUGCCAGAGUUCGGGGAGGGACGGGACACCGGCGGUUUGAUUCCGGGACGCUCGCUGGUGUUCGGAGCGCUGGAGCUCUGCCUCUGCGUACUGGUCCGGAAACUCCCACAGCUCAGCCCCAAACUGGCCGGAACCAGUCCAACUGGUCCUGGAGGUUCAGUGUGGAGUCUGACUGACAGCGACUGUCGGCUGGUGGCGUCGGCUCUGUGUGUCCUGUCUGAGCUGCCGUCCGUCUGCUCCCCUGAAGGCAGCGUGUCCAUCCUCCCCACUGUCCUCUACCUGCUGCUGGGAGUCCUCAGAGAGCUGGUCCACCAGCCCAGCACACACGCUGGUGCCCCGGCGGCAGGCUCAGGGGGCGGUGCUGGUCUGGGCGUGGUGGUCCAGGCGGCUCUUCAGGCUCUGAAGUCCGUCCUGACGUCUCCGAUGAGCCGACAGGAGAAGAGUCGAGGAGCCUGGAACCUGCUGCUGAGAUCAGCUCUAAACACACUGCUGGGACUCUGGGAAACUGGGGACUCUGGCUGUGUUGUGGAUCAGAUCAGCCUCCUCACAGCUCUCACCGUCUUCCUGCUGUCUGCUGGUCCUGACGUCUGUAUUGUGGAGCCGCUGCACGCGCUCUGUCUGCAGCGCUUCACCACCAGUAUGGACGCCAAAGACCCACUGGUUGUGAGUCGUUGUUAUCAGCUGCUGACGUCAGUGUUUCAGGCGCAGUCGGGCGUAGCCGUCCCAUACAUCCAGGCCCUCGGUCCGCCGCUGGUUCGAUUCCUCCAGAGGGUGGAGAGGAGUCGACCUCAGAGUCCAGAGGAGCUGCUGGGAGUCCUGGAGGGAGUCCGAGCCAUGGAGGCUCUGGUCCAGGCUGCUGACGAGUCACAGCGUCCUCAGCUGGUGGCCAUCUUGCUUCCCCUCCUCAUCUCCUUCCUUCUGGAUGAAAACGCCCUUGCCUCGGCCCCCGCAGCGUCCCGGUCUCUCCACGAGGCGGCGCUCAAGGACCUGAUGCGUCUCGGCCCCCAGAACUCCGCCGUCUUCAGGUCUCUCAUCGCGUCCUCUCCUCACCUCAAGUCUCGUCUGGAAGCCGCCGUCAAAGGAAACCAGGAGAGUCUGAACGCUAAAGCUAGCAGCGCUAACCCCGCCUCCCGCAGCACCGCCAAGUCCUCCCCCAGCAUCACGCUCAAAACCAACUUCCUGUGAGACGACUGACCACAGACCAGCGGGACAGAGGUCCAUCUCCGUGCUGCGUUCACUGUCCCCUGUUGUCUGAGAAUCUGUCCGGUAACGUGAAGAGCGAGAUCAUCGCAUCGUUUCCUCUUUGACAAAAACUAAGAAGAUGUUCUGUUGCUCGGGGCGACAAUCUCAAACUUUCAGCCGCUCUGAAGAUGCAGAUCUCCGUAUACGCUGCAUGUCCCUAAAUCACACGUCGCUUCCUUUUAUUACGUGUCAUCUACAGGUGCUGGUGCUUUCGCUUGUUUUAUCCCAUCACCUUCGAGUCCUGUAACUUAACCAUUUUCCAAAUCCUCCAUCAGUUUUCAGACUGAAACAUCCAGUCAACUCAACCUUUAACCCACUGGCAGGAAAUGAAAGAUCGGUUUGGUAAAGAAUUGUCAACCCCCGGUUCACUGAGCUUCGGGGUUCCUGAGGCUGAGAGCUGAAACGCUGCCGGUCAGGAACGAACCUCCGAGCUUGAUCCACAACAACGUUAACAACUGAUUAGUAAGUUUGGGGAAGUUAUUAAUGGCUGCAGCUCUGAAAUGAGCUGAAACCAGGGACUGUGUGGAGGGAAAGAGAGUCUGGACACUGACGGGUCAUUUGGUCAAUGGUCAGCAGGGACGUGACAUGUAGGUGAUGGGAUGAACAUGUUCAUUUUAGUGAGAUUAUUUUCCAUGUGUAGCGUUUAGGUACUGCAGGCGAUGGUUAACCUUGAGCAGGAGUGAAAACCAGCUGGUCCGGCACCGUCGGGUGAAUUCGCCAGUUCCUCUGCUACUCAUGACUCACAGCGUAAGGAAGGAAGUUUACCUGCAGCGGGAUAAACGUGUCUGUUUUAACUCGUCUGCAGCAGCGCGGCGAUGAAUCCUUACGAUGAAUGUCAGACACGACGAAUAUGAGGCGAACGUACAGGCUGGUGAUCCUGGUCUUGGCGGUUCAGAAAGCCGCAAUAGUCCGGUUAGUCUGUCUGUGUCAGUCACAUCAGCUGGAGUUAAAGGAAACGUUGCUGCCGAAGGUUUUCAUCCCAAAAUCAGAAGUUCAAAAGAAAAACCUUUUUUUCCUGCAGUUUUUCAACGACUCUGAUUAGAAGUCAAGUCACAAUCUGAUACUUACAUUUAUGUAAACCUAAAUUUCUUCCACAGGGGACGAACACUUUCCUGUGUCUUUGCUGUUCAAAUGGUUUUGUAGUGUUUCAGGAUGAAAAUCUUCCGUUUUAAUAUUAUUUUAUCACCUGUUUUUUUAAAACUUCUGUUGCUGUGUUUGUGAAACAGUGUUGAGGCGUUUCAAGGUUCGGAGAAUCCAGAGAAUGUGAAGACCUUCAUUUUAUCAGCUCAGCUCACAGUCUUCCAGUUCAGUCAGAGUGAACAGACCUGAGUCAAGCAGCUCCGACAGACGGACGCAAAUCAGAUUAAACCAUUUAACUCAUAUUUCAAAAAUAACCCAGCACGAAAAUAUCCACAAUAAUGCUUUUAACGGAAGGAAAGGAACCGAGUGUUUUGUUUUCACUAACUGAGAAAGUUUUAAUGCUUACUGAAGGAGGAACUUGAGCUAAACCAUUUCAUUUUUCAAGAAAUGGACCUGUCGUGUUUUGGAAACCAACUACAUGAUAUAUCUCAAGGUUCUUGGCACACACAGUGCGUUUCAUGUAAACUGAAAGAUAAAGACGAGAUUACUGUGGAAGUGAAUUAGGGCCACGGGGCAAAAAGAAAGUUUGGGAAAAAGUCGAAGUUCUCAGGUUAAAGUUGGAGAAUUGAGAAUCUCCGUGUUUUUCACAGCUAGAGCCACAUGGAGCCGUGCGGGCCCUGCACAUUUCUGCCUCUGCAUCUUGUUUUUCUGCAAUUUUGCAAAGAGGACAAAAGCCCCUUUUGCAAACUAGCCUCUGGUUCUUCAACACAGAGAAACAGAACUGGCGUCAAAACGGCCUUUGGAAGCUGAAAUAUCCCGGAGCAGUGAGAGUCUGCUCUGUUUGCGGCUACAGGGCUUCGAUUUCCGUUUGACACAGUAUCGUGUUCUGGAAUUAUUGAAAUUGCAGACACAUCCGAUCCACGAUGACAAACAGGUAAAGCUGUAACACGUGCUCCUAUUAUCUCCAGAUCGCUCAUAUCGCUCCGGUUUGGUGCAAAUCUGACAUCAGGCGACGCCGCCAAACAUUUUUUCAAUAUUUGAUGAUCAUGUUUCAGCUCCAGGUCACAAGCACGUUCUCCAAAUGACUUCAGAUAUGGUUCAUAAAGUUAACCACAAGGUUAAUAAAUAAGAUUACGCCGCCAUCGAAUUCCCUCUCCAAGUGUGGGAUCAGAAAGGCCGCUACACGGCAGCCAAACACCAGAAGGCCAAAGGCCCACAGCUUCCGGGUCGCCGAGGUUCAGGUGCGCUCUGACCCCGGUCUACCUGCUUAUGGUGAAGUACAAGUUAACGUAAAACGAAGCGGCCGCUGAACUCGACUUUUCCCCAAAAAACUUUCUACAUGUGGCUUCAGUCUCUUUCUCUACAUCUGAAGACUGAACGUUGUUCAACACUGAACUUCCCCUAAAGAGUGUGUGUGUGUGUGUGUUUAUUUUAUCCCCAGGUGGUGCCAGGUGGGUGGGUUGGUGACAGCGAGUUUGACCAAUCAAAGUGGAUUCAUACUGUCUCUGGUACCUAAACUCCACCCGCCUGGUGCUACGAGUACAAUUAAACAAACAGCAGCAGAUAACGUGUCCGAGCUGUUUGAUCAGGUCUGUCAGUGAGAGGGAACAGUCAGUCACUGGAGGCUUUUAUUUUGAAAUAAACCUCGAGUAGAAUAAGCUUUUUUCCCCUGUGUCCCUAACAUUAAAUGGAGGCCAGGGGUCAAAGGUCAUGACGUAUGACGGUUGACUCAUCGUCCCUUGAAUGAAUGUCAGUAACAGAGAAGAGCUCAGAGGAUGAGGAGGAUUUUAUUUUUGUAGUUGAACGACAAAUCACACGAAACAACCUGAAGACUUGAGAGGAGAUUGUUAACAGUGGUACGGUAGCCCGCUAGGGACAGUUUAGCCUUCAUCAGCACUUUAGUUUAACAGCACUACGACGUCGUAGUAUCAGGCAGAUCGUGUCGUGUCAGUUUUAUGUCUGCGGUGAGUUUAAAGGAUGUAAGUUUAGAUGGUUAUUAAGGACUUUUAUUGUCUAGAUUCAUAUCAAUGAGAAGGGUCAAAACGUCAAAUUUUAACAUGAUUCCCUUUAACAUGUCAGCCACAAUACUGCUACAGAUUUACCUGCAAUAAUAACCUUAACCAGGUGAGCUUCAGUCUUCCAGCUUCAGCAGCCUCCACACACACACACACACACACACACAGCAGCUGCACGAGUUGACCUGUGUGUGAGCUCACCU